AUGGCUUCUCUUACUCAACUUCUUUCUCUUUUCCUCCCUCUUCUAGUAACUUCAUGUGUACCUGCUGAAUCUUCCCUUGAAGUUUCUAUCAAAUCAACCUACUUGGAACCUUUUAAUUGCUCUACAAAGAUCAGGACAUGCAAUGCCUCACUCUACCACAUAAGCUAUGAUCUCAACAUAAAUCAAAUAGCCAACUUUUACUCUGUUAAUCCAUCCCAUAUCAAACCCAUAAUGCGUGGGACCAAACAGGAUUACCUUAUAACUAUACCUUGUUCUUGCAAAAACACUAUUGACCUUAGCGGAUAUUUCUAUGAUACAACCUACAGAGUGUUGCCUGAUGACACUUUUGUGGACAUCAACAACCUUGUUUUCAGUGGCCAAGCUUGGCCUAUUGAUGGAGAAUUGGUCCCAAAUGAGAAUUUAACAAUACAUCUUCCAUGUGGGUGCUCAGAGAAAAGUGACUCUCAAAUUGUUGUCACCUAUACAGUGCAGCGGAAUGAUACUCCCACAUCGAUUGCUAUUCUGCUAAAUGCUACGGUUGAUGGCAUGGUGAGUAGGAACGAAGCUUUGGUUCAGAACCCCACAUUCAUUGAUGUUACUUGGGUGCUAUAUGUUCCUAUGGAAUUGAAUGGGUUACCACUUUCCAAAGGAAAAGGAAUGAAACUCAAGUGGGUGAUAAUCAUUGGCAUCUUAGGGGGUGUGGCAGUAUUUUCAAUUAUUACCUUAAUCAUUCUCAUCGUCGUUGUCAGGAUAACCAGAGCCCAUGAAACCAGAAAUAAUGAUCCGAAUUCUCUCUCUAAAAGGACAAUUUCCAAUAGAACUGUUUCCUUAAAGAACCGAAACUUUCAUACAGAAUUUAUGGAAGGAGAACAAUUGUUGCUUAUUCGUGGUAAAUUUUGUGUAGAUGCAACACAAUUUGAGUCAGAAAGACCAGUAAUUUAUACUCUUGAGGAGAUAGAAGAUGCCACUAACAACUUCAAUGAAAACCGAAGGAUUGGAGUUGGUGGAUAUGGGAGUGUGUAUUUUGGAAUGUUAGGGGAGAAGGAGGUUGCUGUGAAGAAGAUGAGGUCUAAUAAAUCCAAGGAAUUCUAUGCAGAACUCAAGGCCUUAUGUAAGAUCCAUCAUAUUAACAUUGUGGAGUUGUUAGGAUAUGCUAGCGGAGAUGACCACCUUUAUUUGGUGUAUGAGUAUGUUCCAAAUGGAUCUCUCAAUGAGCAUCUUCAUGAUCCAUUACUGAAAGGUCACCAGCCUCUUUCUUGGUGUGCUAGGAUUCAAAUUGCACUGGAUGCAGCAAAAGGCCUUGAAUACAUACAUGAUUACACAAAAGCACGAUACGUGCACCGUGAUAUAAAGACUAGUAAUAUUCUUCUUGAUGAGAAGCUCAGAGCAAAGGUAGCAGAUUUUGGACUUGCAAAGCUUGGAGAACGAACCAAUGAUGAAGAAUUUAUAGCGACAAGGCUUGUUGGAACACCAGGCUACCUUCCACCAGAAUCUGUGAAGGAGCUUCAAGUGACCGUGAAAACGGAUGUAUUUGCAUUUGGUGUAGUUCUAUCAGAGUUGAUAACAGGCAAACGUGCGCUAUUUCGUGAAGCCAACAACAUGAAAUCUCUUAUUACCGUCAUUGGCCAAAUAUUCCAAGCGGAUGAGCCAGAGACUGCUUUAGCAGAUUCCAUUGAUAGGAAUCUUCAACAUAGCUAUCCUAUGGAAGAUGUCUACAAGAUGGCAGAACUAGCUCAUUGGUGCUUGUGCGACGAUCCAACGGACAGGCCUGAAAUGAGGGAGAUGGUUGUGGCAUUGUCACAGAUUGUAAUGUCCUCCGUAGAGUGGGAAGCAUCACUGGGUGGAGACAGCGUCUUCAGCGGGGUAUUUGAUGGAAGAUGA